CCUCAGUGAGCCCUGUCUGCUCUUACUCUCUAGGGAGACUGGAUUCAGGACCAGAGAGCUCAGAGCAGUGUGUAUACGUACAGACUGAGGAAGGAUGUGAAGAGGAUCUGUAGCAGGUUUUCAAGAGAAGGACUACAACAUGCCUUGCUUUCUAUCUACUAUGGAGUCAAGGGUAUCAGACCAGAUGAACCCCAUGAGCUUUGUUCACCCUGUGCUGACCUGCUGCAGCAAAUAGAUGACAAAUAUGACAUAAUUCGACAAAAGCUAUGUACUGAGAUGCUCCAAGAUCACUAUGGCAUGCUAUCCUGGGAGGCCUUGUUGCCAUGGCAGCAGGAGGAGAGGGUGGAGGAGCUGGCAGAUUGGGCAGAAUGUGCCCUGGACAGCACAGACCUGCUCUGUCUCUCUGAGCUGCCUGGAGCAUUUAGAAUCUACAGGGGCUGGGACAGGGUGGCUCUGAGGUUAUGUCCUGAGCAAGUGAACCCAGAUGUGCUGCAAUGGACUGCUGCACUCUCCCUCAAAGAGCUGCAUUCCUGCAAUCAACUAGAGAAGAGGGGCCUGGCAGCUGUCAUGGAAAGUCUGGAUGUGACAAGCCUGUGGCAGCUGUCAUUGUAUGUGCAGGUGACAAUGAUGAGGGUAGCGAGAGAGAAACAUUCCCAUGGGGCUUUGCUGGCAGGCAGCCAAUCCUGGGAGAGCUGGCCAGAUGUUAGAAGCCCUCACUACAGAGACCUGGCAAGGUUCUGGCUUGGUGAGCAGAGUCCCUGGAACAGUGACAGGAGAGCAUUUUGUCACUGCUCACCACAGCAGGCAGUACUGCAGUGUAUGCUGUCAUGUCAGGAAUGUGAGCGGGAGAACCUCAUUGAGCUCUUCCACAGUCUCACACCAGAGGAGCUACAGGGGCCUGUGGUACAGAGCUCACAAAGCAUGGGAACUUUCCCAGAAUACCGUUCUGCUCUGAGACAGCUGUGCAUUAUGAGACUGAGAGAGAUAAAGUCUGAGCUCGGGGAGGCAGCCUCCUGGGGUGACUGUGCACUGGGGGUUCUGACUCAGCUAAUGAAGCUGCAGGAUGCAGAGGUCAUGGCGCUGAUCCUGGACCUGCAGGAAGUGAGUAAGGAUUACCUUAUUGAGCUUCACGACAAAUACACAGCAGAGCUACAAGCCCAAAAAUUGGCCAACUUGUUUCUGCUCUUACUGCCUGAUUCAUGCCAGCACAGCAGACCCAUGGGUAACAGUGUCAACGGCAAAUCUUCAGCCUUAGAGCUGCUGCACCAUGGUGAGGCUCGUGAGAUUCCACAGGGAACCAGAGACAAUGUGAAGGGAGCGCAGGAGAGGCCAGCAGUCGGCAGUGACAGAGGGGAGCUCGGUAGUGAGUGCAGAAACUCCCUUGCCCGAGAGGAAAUCCCCUAUUUGGAGGUAUUACAUGACAGUCGUAUGCAAGAGGAGCCAUAUGGUGAAAGAGCCAUUGUAAAGGGAGUGGAUGGCCCAUGUGAAGUUCCUCUAUACUUUGAAAAACAAGGUUCUCUGAUCGCAGUGGCUUGGGGUAAACCAGCAGAGGAUGCCAAUAUCCAGGUAUUCUCUGAUGAAAUGAUGGAGUGCGAAGCAGCCCCUUCUCUAGGGCAGGAGGAGGUAAGUGAUGCUCCACACCUCCAGGUGGCUACUGAAGAUGCAGGUGAAGAUGAGGCCUCUGCCUUUUUCCAGUGCAGUCCUUGUGCUGCAGGACACCAGGUUGAGACAGACCAGGAAGAUGCCAGUGCUAGCAAGUUACCACUAUAUGAGGCCCCUGUGGAAGACAAGGAUGGGGAGCUGCAUGGGGAGAGAAUGGAUCCACAGAGGCCCUCAGGCAACAAGUCAGAGCCAGUCUUUUCAGAAUUUAGUCAGCUAGCUGGGGACAUCCAAGACCAGCCAACUGAAGAAGCUAUUUACACUGGCAAGUCACCCCCUAGUGGCCCUACUGUACAUGAAACAAGGCCUGAAGAUGAAACCGAUGAAGAGAAAAGUGACCAGACCAUGGAGGAUGCUUCAAAAGAGCCACAUUUCGACAUAGCAACAGACUUUUUUGACACGUGCAAUGGAAAAGCUGAACGAUUCCAGGAAUAUCCAACCGAAGACGCUGCAAGUACUGUUAAAACAGGGACCAAGGGUUACCAAAGGGAAGCAACCAUUACUCACAUCUCUGAAAUGGAGCGUGAGGAGACCAUGAAGAGUCUUGUGGACAUGCAAAGGAAAGCCGAAAACAAGUGUCAGCGAGACAAGGAGAGACAAAUGUUCAGGAUCCAGGAGCGUCUGUCUAUCAUCCAGAACAAGAAGUCCGAGGAGGACCUUCUGGGACACAAACAGGGAGACAGCCUCAAGGAGCUCACAGAGAACUUUAAGCAGGAGGAUAGACAUCGGCAGAAAACCCUUGUUAAAGAGAAACUGGAACAACUGAGGCGAGAGCGCUCGCACGUCAUGCAGUCUAAGAGAGACAGGAACACAGCUGUAUUUAAGGAGCUCUUGGAUCCAGUGGUUCUCCAUAGACCUGAACAGGAAGACAUAGUGAAUUGUGAAAGUGUUAAUGCUCUGCACCAUCAAAUAGCUUAAAGUUGUGAAUGUGCAAGUCCCUCUGGUGGCAAGGGCUGUAAGAAGAGGAGAUGAAGUCACUGCCAGUCUGCUACUACAGAGUCUUCUAAUGAUAUUCAUCCUGGCUUUUAUCCUCUUUCAUAUGACUCACCUUUCCAAGGCCUGUUGACACUCCUUCCUAUAAUGUGUCAUUUCAUACACCUCCGUGAAAACGUAGCACAGUUCUCACUAUUAUUCGGUUCAGUUGCCUUGGUCUAAUUUAUUAAAUGCAUCAAUGUAAUUCUGCUCCGGAGCUGUUUAAUUUAUCACAGAGGUCUCAGACACACGCAAAAUGGUUGUCUUUUAUUGCAGUAAAUUCUUUUAGUUAUAUCGGGCAGAGAAGACACUUGCAUUAGAUUGUAUCGUUUAUUUAUUUUUUUGGUUACAAAAACCUUUUUAAAAAGUCUGACAUCUUUCGAAAUAUUUUAUGUUUUGUGCAUAUGAUACCAUGAUAUUUAUUACUUUUAUAUUCUUAGCAGGAGAAGAGGAACUUGGAUAGAGAUUAAAAUAAAUAUUCCUGAACUAAAGAUGGUGCUUUACCAUCUAAAAUUCAGGAACUAUGACUUUUAAUGAUAUAUCGGUUGACAUCU